AUGGGGUCAUACGAAAUUGACACAGCGCGAAUAACUCAGGUUGGAGUGGGAUACAAGAACAUCAGAAGUAAUAGCAUCAGUACAGGAAUAGCAGAGACAGAAGAAAUCAAAACACUGAGAGAAAAAUACCAAGACUCGUUGGUCAAACUGCAUGAAUUAUUUGAGAAUUGGACUGACGAAGAUUUGCUAUACGCCUUGAAAGACAGCGAUGGAGACCUUGAACUUACCGCUUCGAGAAUUACUGACGGGUACGCGAACCAAUGGGGUGAAGUAAAGUCCCGAAAACACAAAAAAGAAUCUAAUACGAAGGCGAAGGUGUCUUCAGGUGUCAGUAACCAACGUGGACAAUCAUCAAGGGGUGGUGGCGGUGAUCGUUUUAAUAGUGAGCGGGGACGGAGCCGCGCUGAGGGAGGUUCUUAUCGUGGCGGAAAAUUCUCAUCGAGCGAGCGCGAACGUCGUCAAGGAUCUCAACGACGAGAAAACGGAACGGGUCACCAUAAUAACAGACCUCCACGUCAACAAAAUGGACCAAGUCACCAUCAUGGUUAUCACAAUGAUGACAACGGAGGCUCGAACAAACGGAAUGGUGGGCCUAUGAACAAUCUGUCUUCUGGUUGGAAUGACGCUACUACUGGUGGAAGCUGGGAUAGGGCGUCUAACUUUAACACGAAAGGUGCUUGGGGCAAUGACAAGGCAUCGAGCAGUUUUAAGAGUUCCCUGGACACCAAAGAAAGUCCUACAACUGGUGGCGGUGGCGGUUUGAACAGUCCUAAACCUGGUCUGAAUAAUAAUGCAAACACCACCACGACCACCACUACAACGCCACGGAGAACAAAGAUUCGUCGAAUUACGACAACAACGGCGAACGCUAAAAAUGACAUUAGUAGUAGUGCCAAUACCACCGAAAAUUGGAACACUGAUACAAAAGAUGCAUAUGCCUGGAGUCCUACACCUGCCGCCAAGGAUUCUUGGAAUGCAGAGGCGUCAAAAGAUAUUUGGACUGCGAAUAGCAGUUGGGGUGAAAGUAAGUUAGUUGACGAUAUUACUUCACAUUCACCGCGACCGACGAACGCAAGUAAACCAUCGGUUAAUGCUACAAAGUCACCCAUUUCACCUAUAUCUCGGACAAUACCAGCACAGUCCAAAACUUCUUGGGCGCAAAUCGUGAAGCCAGAAUCUAAACCAGAACCGAGACCUGAACCCGUCUCAUCACCACCUCCAAAAGUAUCGUCCGAAAUGCCAAAAUCGGUUUCACCCAGGCUACCGAAAUCUAACGCGAUUCCUACUACUAAUAUUACCAAUACCACAACCAACAAUGCUGCAUCCAUACAAUCAUCUCCAACACCGAAAUCCUUUGAACCUUUCAAUGAAGCCACGUCGAUUCCAUCCAUCUCAUCAACCGAAAUAACAACUCCAUCAUCGGUAAUCGAUACUUCAAAGACCACCGAAGAAAACUUGAAAGAAUACGGAAAAGAGACUUCAUUAGAACAUUCUACUUCAUCUAUCGCUUCAUCUCCGUUAGUAAAUGCAUCACCGCGUCCAAAAGAAAGUCUGCCACCCGGUUUAAAUAAUAAAUCUAAAAGACAGACUACAACUCGUCAAAGAAAACAAGAUACUCCUGUUGUAAUGCCGGCAGGCGCUGGAGUGGAAAGAGUUGGUGUGCAAUUUGGUAGUUUGAAUUUAACAUCUCCAACUCCUGAACAUGCAGAAUUAGAAAGUACGUCUCCUGUUACUACAACACAAAAUAUCGAGGAGAUUUCAUCGUCGGUCAUCGCCACAGAGACUCAAAUUCAACAAAAGCAAGCAUCUCAAAAUGUGACGACAUCUAAUAUUAAUACAUUUAAUAAUCCGACAUAUUUCAAACAACAAGAGCAAACAUCUGCGUCCGCUGCAGCGUAUAUGGGACAACAACCUCAUCUGGGAAUAUCUGAGCCGUAUGGAUCGUAUUUACCUACCCAGCCUCCAAGUCAGAUCUCUGGAUUUGGAAUAGCGCCGAUGCAAACAUUACCUGAACAAUAUGGCACUCUAUACGCGCAUGAUGCACAAAGAAUGAUGGCCUAUUAUACAACUGAUCCGGCUGCCUAUGGACAAGCGUCUCCUGUGACAUCGAAUGCGUAUCAAAAUCCAUAUCAACAAUCAGGCUACGGCCAACCAUUUGUAAAUAAAUCAAUUUAUCCAUUGUAUAAUACACACCAUCAUCAUAUCACUAAACCUGGUUCAGCUUCAGCUGCAUCUCCAUAUGUGUAUCCAACUGCAACGCCAACAACUCCUAAUGCUCCCCCGCAUCAUUAUUCUCAUUCAUCUAAUUCCGGCUAUGAUGAUGUUACAGUGGCAGCAGCGGCAACGAAUAUACAUCAUCUGCCUGGAAGUGGCGUUCCCGGUGUUCAUGAUUAUCAAAAAUAUGGAGCCGGAGCAAGUGGUGGUAUUCCACAACUUAACUUUUUAAAUAGCGGAACGAACAAUAAUCAGAGUAGUAGCGGAGUAUCAGCAGGAUCGAAUUCUUCGAGCAGUGGUAAAAAUGGAAAUAACGGUAACGAAUUGAAUCCCUCGAAUCAAUAUAAAGGAUAUGAUAAAUCAUCAUCUGCUGGUGGCAUAGGUGGUGGACAAUCUGCGUCACAACAUCAACA